AUGUGCGACGUACCCUUCUUCCCCAUCUUCCCAAUCUGUUUCCAAUGCGGCACUGAUCAGAAUCCGUGUCAUUGUAAGGUCGUUGGACCGACGUUGGGUCGAGAGUAUGAUCUUUCUCCCCUAAAUACUCCCCUUUCCUUCCCUCGAAGCGAAGAUAGGGCUAACAAGGGAAAAAUUACUAGUGUCCUGGGUUAUCCGGUGAAACUCAAUGGGAAAGUUAGUAAUGCUAUACCCUUUUGA